ACUUUUGACGUUACAUACUUUGAAUCUUCCUGAGCAUGGCUGAACAAAGAGAAAAUGCGUAUCAAAAGCAAGAAGUAAAGGGAAAGAAUGGUGGGAGGUAUUAUAAGAGCAUAGGUCUUGGAUACAAAACCCCCAAAGAGGCUAUUUACGGGACCUACAUUGAUAAGAAGUGUCCCUUCACUGGGAAUGUCCGUAUCCGUGGUCGUAUCCUCACAGGAGUUGUACGUAAAACCAAAAUGAAUCGGACUAUUGUUAUUCGUCGUGACUACCUUAAGUAUGUAAAGAAGUACAAUCGUUACGAAAAGCGGCAUAAAAAUAUGUCUGUACAUUUAUCUCCUUGUUUCAGAGAUGUAGCCAUCGGUGAUGUUGUAACUGUCGGUGAAUGUAGACCACUGAGUAAAACAGUGUCUUUCAAUGUCAUCAAAGUUUCCAAAGCUGCUGGUUCCAAGUACAAGAAAGCCUUCCAAAAGUUUUGAUGACUUAAAUAAACUUACAGUUUGAUCGU